AUGGGUUCUUUCUCUCCGAAACUGCCCACUCUCGUCAAUCUCCGGGCUCGUUUAGAUUCGGAUGAAUCUGCCACCUCCACCAAUUGUGCGACAAGGCUGCUAUUUGCACUGCUUUGUGUGGUUGGCUUCGAACUGCAUCGAAAUAUCUCUCGCGAAGACUGGCGACUAAAACAGAAAUUGCAACUGGCCGUUUCCUUCUACGGCCAAGAAUUCAUGUUUUCUCCACCUACUCACCAUGAUUUGGUCAUGGUCUCCCUUUUCCUUUCCGACUAUAAGCCGACAGCUUUGGCUACCAUGCAAGGAAUCGCCCACAAGACAAUAAAGUCAGAGAUAUACAUUAACAUCGCAUAUGGCGUCUUUCACCGACUGGAAGCAGUAAACGGAGAGGGAAAUCAAGAUCUUAACGAACUGAAUUCCGCAGACUAUGAAUCAUUUGAAAGGUGUCUCUUUGACUCCAUUCAAGGAAUUCAGAUGGUUUCAAAUCAUGCCACAGUAGACGGUCUGAUAAAGAAACCACUUCAAACGCUUCGCCAUUUGACCGUUUACAUGAAAACCCGCGUUGACGCGUACCAAAAUGCGCUGAAAUUCCGCCAGUGCACGCCACGGGCGAUUUACCACAUUCAAUGGGCGACAUCAACCUACAUCCUAUUCCAAAUGCUGGCAGAAGCCAAACAAAGCCUGCAUCAUCCUGGCCGCUUCAUCGAACUUGCAGAAGAGACUGAAAAAAGAUGCUUGGAACAGAUCAACUACACGAACUCUCUACUUGCUGUCGUGCAGUACGGUGUUAACGAGGAAAUAUUGGCCGUGCGCUCCGUACUGGAGCUUCGCUUUCACACGGUGCAGAACUGGAUAAUCGCAUUGGGAUUUCUGUACACAUCAAGCCUAGGGACAAGAUCCCAAGAAGAAGGAGGAGUUAAUCGGACGGAUUCGGACAUAUCUCGCGACGAAACCAUUCAAAUUACCUCACAGAUCACGAAUAUUUUGAAAAGACCAGAGAAGCGGUCAAAUAACAUCUUUCAAGAGUAUCUGGAACGUUACGGCUCGGCCUAUCCCGACGAAUUAUCCUCGAUUCUGGAGAAGUUCAUCGCAUGUUCAAAGCUGAAACUACACGGCAUUGUUUUCCACCCACCUCCGAGAUAUAUGUGCCUGGAAAACGUGAUAUUUUGCAAAAACAUACUCGAAAAUAAUAUCGUCCAGAUCAAAUGUUCAGAUCACCUGCAGACCGGGUUUUCCAAACAACUUGACCUUUUCCAGAAAUCCGCCGAGGCCCUCGCCAACAUGGCCUCGUCGUCGAUUCUAACCGUUGAUGCUGCCUUUGCCAGAGGGUGCAUUUAUGCGAUGAGCAGCAAGAUUGUCUUCGGACUCUUGGGCCUGAUGAAAAGAUUGCAGAACGACUUCAAGUCUUCGGCGGAAAAGGGAAAUAUCGAACUGGUAGAUGCCAUUAUUGCAUCGGCGGAGUAUGAUGGAUUACCUAGUGUUGAUCUUGAUCAGUUCCAGUUCCCGGUGGAGAUGGACUCGGAAGCUUGGCCUUCUGUUGGAACUUUCGGUCAGGCGGAGGCUUUUUCAAAUUCGUUUGAUUGGACUUCCUUGCUUAAUCUUGAUGGUCCUGAAUUUGAAGUGGAAAAUUAA